AUGAUCGAUACUGGUGCUACUCAUUCAUUUAUCACUCAAGGUGCCCUUAGCACAUUAUAUCAUUCAGCUAUACCCCCAUGUGAUCGUAUAGCUCAAUUAGGUGAUGGUCAAACCACGCUUAAAAUAGGGGGUGAAGUUCAACUAUUCUUGCAUUUUAAUAAAGUUUUUACGCCUUUAAAUGUUCUCGUCGUCAAAACAAUGAAUACAGAUUUUAUACUUGGCAGUGAUUGGUGUACAAAAAAUGCAGCAAGAAUCGAUUAUGAAAAAAAUCAAGUGUCUAUACGCUCUUCAUAUGGUCGUAUCUUCAUUCCAUAUCACAAAUGCAUUGAUUGUUUAACUUUAGAUGUCAAAUCAAUUAAUGUUAUUCAUAUACCNCAAUUUAUUCAUACGUAUUCAUCACCCUCAUCGAAACAAUUAGCGUCUAACCGCUUAAGAACUCGCCAACAACGACAUGAUGAAGCUGCUAUCGAAUAUUAUACCGAUGUUAUGAAAUUAUGCAAAUUAGUUGAUCCACCCAUGACUGAUGCAUACAAACUUGAUCACUUAUAUCAUGGACUCAAACCGUCCCUAAUGAAAGAAGGCUUCCGUAGAGCGCCAUCCACACCAGCAGAAUUUUUAGAACAAGCACGACAAGAAAAAAAUUUAGAUCGUUUAGUUAAUACGUCUUUUCAACAAAUCAAUGAUAGUGAUACACAAGCAACAAACUAUUCCAACAACUCAUUAUAUAGAUCUCCACAAAAAUUUGAAACUGUGCACUACCAAAACUCAUCACAUAUGCAUUCUAAAGGUUAUUCCGCAAACGUAUACUCACCUCGAACAACAAACAAUCGAUUUCAUGAUCCAUCAUCGUCACGUUAUCCACCUCAAACUCAACAAUCUUCGUUUAAUGCAUUACACUAUCAAUCACGCCCUUUACGAUGUUAUCUAUGUCAGAAACUGGGGCAUAUUGCUCGUGAUUGUAGAUCUGCAAAAAACUAUUAA